UGUGAAUAUCGUUCAGAGUGAAUUUUUAAUAUUAGUUCAAUAGAUUUCCAAAGAUUAGCAGUUAGGAUUUCGUGAUUUUUAUUUUUAUUAAAUUUUCGUCUGUGAACAAUUAGCAUCAUGAAGAUUACAGUACUCUGCGUAGCUAUGAUGGUUAUUUGCUGCUCGGCCCAACGUUCGCCAUACGCUGGAAGACAACCAAUAGGUUUUCCUGCAAUUCAAAGCACGGCACCCCCAGAAGACGCUUUGGGCAAUAGAUUCGGAGACGAUAUCAGUACGACGACAAUACGACUCCCGAUCGAAGCUUUGGGUGACGCUGACCUGGUGAAUCGACUAAGAAAACUGCCGGUCGACAAGCAGCCGUUUUGGCUCCUCAACUGGCUGGCUUUGGAAGCCAACAGGAAGAAUCCACAGAAUUUCAAUCAAAGACCGAAUAGUUUUCUCGAUAACUCCAUUAGGAAUGUUUAAAAUGUUUGUACGUCAGUGAUUUUGUUUUUUAUAUCGAUUUCAAUAUUAUGGUGCAGUUUAAAUAAUCACUUUGUUUCUUCAAGGCUGAAUACAUGUCAUGGUUUAAAAAUUUAACAAAAAAUAUCAGUUUCAUUCUACUUGACUAUA